UACGUUCAGUCGUCGCGUUCACCGCCCCUGGUCAGCGCAAGCCCCGCGGCGUGGGCGCGUGUGGUGGCUGUUCCCGUAGCGCGGAGGCGCUUCUUGGCGGCUGCUUAAAAUCCUGACCAGCCGGAGGAGCAGCUGCCGUUCCUGCCUUUUUCCCUCCAGUCCGCGACUUCUGGGUCCGACAUGGACAAAGUCUGUGCGAUUUUUGGAGGCUCACGAGGCAUUGGCAGGGCAGUGGCCCAAGUGAUGGCCCCGAAAGGCUACCGGCUGGCCCUUGUUGCCAGGGACCUGCGAGUGGCUCAGGCCGCCGCCAGUGACCUCGGCGGAGAUCAUUUGGCAUUUAGCUGUGAUGUUGCUAAAGAACAUGAUGUUCAGAAUACAUUUGAAGAAAUGGAAAAUCGUUUAGGUCCAAUACGUUUCCUUGUAAAUGCAGCUGGUAUUAACAGGGAUAGUCUUUUAGUAAGAACCAAAACUGAAGAAAUGAUAUCUCAGCUUCAUACUAACCUCCUUGGCUCCAUGCUGACAUGUAGAGCUGCUGUGAAGACUAUGAUCCAACAGCAGGGAGGAUCUAUUGUGAACAUAGGAAGCAUUAUUGGUUUAAAAGGCAAUUCUGGCCAGUCUGUGUACAGUGCCAGUAAAGGAGGAUUAGUUGGGUUUUCACGUGCUCUUGCUAAAGAGGUAGCAAGAAAGAAAAUUAGAGUGAAUGUAAUUGCACCAGGAUUUAUUCACACAGAUAUGACGAAAGACUUGAAAGAAGAACAUCUAAAGAAAAAUAUUCCUCUUGGGAGGUUUGGAGAAGCUCUUGAGGUGGCACAUGCUGUUGUGUUUCUUUUAGAAUCACCGUAUAUUACAGGGCACAUUCUAGUAGUGGAUGGGGGAUUACAGCUCACUGUGUAAUUUAUGGAUUAUUCGGUUAUAAGGAUGGUUAGAAUCAAGUGCACACUUGGAUGUUGAUUAGAUAAUCACACCUCUUGGGUGAUACUUGCUUAUCAAACCCACUCAGGCCACAAAUGUUGAUUUCCAUCCUUAUAUGACUAUAUCUAAAAAGAACAAUGUGUGGGCUGGGUGCAGUGGCUCACACCCGUGAUUCCAGCACUCUGGAAGGCCAAUGCAGGAGGAUCACUUGAGCUUAGGAAUUUGAGACCACCUGAGCAAAAGUGAGACCCCAUCUCUAUAAAAAUUUAGAAAAAAUUAGGCAUGUGUUAUGGUAGAUGCCUGUAGUCCCAGCUACUCGGGAGGCUGAGACAGGAAGAUUGCUUGAGCCUGGGAGUUUGGGGGCUGCUAUGAUCUGUGAUGCCACAGCACUCUAGCCUGGGCAACAACAAAGUGAGACUCUUUCAAAAAUAAAAAGAAUAAUGUGUGACCCAUUGUGUAUUCUACUGGGAAUAUAUUGUAUACAUUUGGUUAUCUUACAGGCUGUUGCAAUUUUAAUACACAGGCAUUUUUACAAGUCUUACCAACAGGUACAAAUUUAUACUUUUGCCUCAAAUGUAGGAAAGAUUAUAUUAUCUAAUUUUGAUGAAUUUCAUUGUUAUCAGGAUGAGUUUUCUAGAAGUUAAUCUUGUGAGCUAUUGUCAAAAUAAGAGUAUCUAGAGGACACUGAUUAGUUGUCAGUACUUUAUGCAAUCUCCUAAAGAUAAAUUUAUUUCUCUUGCAUGUGCUUGGGUAAAAAUAGUACCAAAUAAAGACAUAAAUUUAAAAUUGA